CCGUCUCUUCUUCUCCAAUUCCCUGCUUUCCCACUACGCAGUCUCUCUCUCUCUCUCUCUCUCUCUCUCUCUCUCUCUCUCUCUCUCCAUCCGCAUCUUUCUUCCUCUGGGUCGCUUUCUGAUCAGUGAAGAGAAGCUAUAGAAGCGGCAAAAUCGGAUUUUUUUUUUCGCCCCCCGUUUCUUCUUCUCAGUGUUCCUCUUUGGAGAUUGGAGAGUUCUCGUAUGGGUCUCUGAUUUUUUCGGCGGAGGCGGCCAUGGGCAAUUGCUUGGUCUCGCCGUCGUCGCGAGUGGAGAACGCUCACAUCACUCAGCACGCUUCCUAUCCCUCAAAAGGCACCAGCAAAACAAAUUUAUCUUCUGUUCCUUCAACUCUGCGAACAUAUUCAACUCCUUCAACUCUGACCAUGCCUUCUUAUACUGAGAGGACUUCUAAUGAGAGUCUUCCUACACCACGAACUGAAGGUGAGAUUUUGUCCUCCUCAAAUUUGAAGGCCUUCACAUUCAAUGAUCUGAAAAAUGCGACUAGAAACUUCCGUCUGGAUAGUCUUCUUGGGGAAGGAGGAUUUGGUUAUGUCUAUAAAGGUUGGAUUGACGAACAAAGUUUAACUGCUUCGAGGCCUGGUGCUGGCAUGGUUGUUGCUGUCAAGAAGCUUAAACAGGAGGGUUUCCAGGGCCACAAGGAGUGGCUGACAGAGGUCAACUAUCUUGGUCAGCUUCACCAUCCAAAUUUAGUUAAACUCAUUGGUUACUGUUCAGAGGGUGACAACCGCCUUCUGGCUUAUGAAUUCAUGUCAAAAGGCAGUUUGGAGAAUCAUCUUUUUAGGAGAGGUGCACAACCACUGCCUUGGGCAACAAGGAUCAAAGUUGCGAUUGGAGCUGCUAGGGGACUCUCUUUUUUGCAUGAUGCUGAAUCCCAAGUCAUAUAUCGAGAUGUUAAGGCAUCAAACAUCCUCCUUGACUCGGAAUUCAAUGCCAAGCUUUCAGACUUUGGCUUGGCAAAAGCUGGACCAACUGGGGACAGAACUCAUGUAUCUACGCAAGUCAUGGGCACUCAUGGAUAUGCAGCUCCUGAAUACAUUGCAACAGGUCGGCUCUCUGCAAAGGCUGAUGUAUACAGUUUCGGGGUUGUGUUGUUGGAGUUGUUGUCUGGACGCCGGGCUCUUGACAAAACAAGAGUAGGCAUAGAGCAGAGCUUAGCAGACUGGGCGAAGCCCUAUUUGGGUGAUAAGCGCAAAAUUUACCGGAUCAUGGACUCAAGACUAGAGGGCCGAUAUCCAAAGAAAGGAGCUCAGGGAGUUGCCACCCUUGCUUUGCAAUGCAUUUGUAGGGAGGCCAAACUCCGGCCCCGUAUGUCUGCGGUAUUGGCUAUGCUGGAGCAACUGCAUGACCCUAAAAAUACAGCAGUGGUGCAACCCCAAACAGAUCGAUGGAAGGCCUCUAGUACCAUUCCAAGGUCACCUAUAAAGCAUCACAAUUCACCACGACGCCUGACCACUGGUAGGUCCUCAUUGCCAUCUUAUCAGCGAUCACCAUGGGUACAUUGAACAGGAGAGACACAUCCAAGUGGUAUUUUCAAUGUGUAUCGGAUACUUUAUUUUUUUGUUUGCUUCAUGUCUGGUGAUUCACAUUUUGCAGCUUAUAUUUUUAAGAGAGACAAGUUCCUACAGAGAAGGCAUUACACGUUUAAAACACCUUGUUAAUUGCAUUCAUGGAGGAACCUGUAUUUUUCAGUGCACUGACAUAUUUAUGGAGCUCUCUUUGACAAUAGUAAUAUAUUUUCCGACCUACAAUGGUUGUGUUUCUAGAUUCA